UAAUGUUUCCAGCAUUUCUUACCAAAUCACCCAUGUCAACGGAGAGGGGGAGAGAGAGAGAGGGAGAGUGGGACGGCUGAAGAAGAGGAGAGAAGGCAGAAAACGCAGAGAAAGAAGACCGAAGAGGAUCAGAGAAGACGAAGCCAGGUUCCUCCUCCAACUUGCAAUUGAAAAAUUAACAGUGAGAACCAACAUGUUGAAUCAUUACCUGCGCCAACUGUUAAUCAAAGUAUUGGAGCCUAUUCAUCCAUCGCUACUACAGAUGAAGAGAAUGCUUGGUCUGAAAAUGGGAUCUUCUGUUGAAGCUAUACAAGCUGCUAAGGUUUAUCGCCAGCUUCUGAAAGCUGUCAAGAAACAUGUUGAUAAAGAAGAGAAAAAGAGUCAUUUCAUCGAGUUCAUAUCGCAGGAGUUCCGAACGAGCCAUGAACAAUUGGACCUCUCAUCCAUCCAUCAAAAAAUAAAGCUUGCCCGUGAUUACACGUUCCUUCUAAAUAGUGUCCACCAUCACAAGGACUUGUUGUUUUCUUACAACAUUGCUGUGGAUAGAUCUGAUGAAAUGAAAAAAGUUCUAGGAAAAUCUGCUGCAAGUGUGGGUCUUCAACUUCCCGAAGUUUAUCAGUCUUGAUUGUUUUGCAGAGCAGUUGCAUCUCACGGAGUGGAAGAGGUCAGACAAAUACAUUUUAGGCUGUAUUUGGAUUUAGGAAAUAAUGCAUUUUUACCCUCCUAGUGAGCAUUCACUAUUUUGUCUAAAUGUUUGUUCAAACUAUGUAGAGUAUUUGAUGUGUUGCAACUGGUAAUUGUGAUGUAGUAUUCAUAGUAUUUGAUGUGUUGCAACUGGUAAUUGUGAUGUAGUAGUAUUCAUUUGACAAGUCUGUAUAGUUUUGUAGUUGACACUAGAAUUUUGGAGUAUUUGAUUGAUAGGUUCAUGAUUUGAUGAAUACACUGGUAUGUUUCCUAGAAGGGUUAAUUACACUUUUUAUGGCCUAUA